AUGGCCGCUCCCGAUGUCGCUGCCACCCCCGGCGUUCAGACCGGCAAGGUGAAGUGGUUCAACAGCACCAAGGGCUUCGGGUUCAUCACUCCCGAUGAUGGCGGAGAGGAGCUCUUCGUCCACCAGACGAGCAUCAAGGCGGAGGGCUUCCGCAGCCUCGACGAGAACGAGGUCGUCGAGUUCACCAUCGAGACCAGCGAGGACGGCCGCACCAAGGCCGUUAACGUUACCGGCCCGGCUGGCUCCUACGUGAAGGGCGCUCCCAGGCGCGACGGCUACGGCGGCGGUGGCGGCCGCUUCGGCGGCGGCGGCUUCGGCGGCCGUGGCGGUGGACGCUUCGGCGGCGGCCGCGGCGGCGGACGGUUCGGCGGCGGACCCGGUGUGUGCUACAACUGCAACAUGCCCGGUCACCUUGCUCGCGACUGCCCUACCCCUGGCAUGGGCGGCGGCGCCGGUGGCGGUGCUCCUCGUACUUGCUACACCUGCAACCAGCCCGGCCACAUUGCCCGGUUCCUAGUGUUUCAGUUGUCGGUGCAGGAAACCCCGUCUGCAGUGGAAGGUGGUUGUGACUGGUCUCACGAGGACUUCAAUUCUCAUGAGCUGGACUUGUUGGCUCGUUAUGGAGGUUCUGCCCAUUUGUUGUGA